AUGGCGAUUCAUCCGGGCGAUGCUCGCUUGCCACGCUACAAGGAGGGCAAGGUGUUGCCGGUUUUCCGCAAGUUUUCACCCUCCAAGUCUCUUGGGCUCCAUUUGACCUAUCGAGAUGUCUGGAAUGAUGCCUUCCAGCUGUACCAGAGGCGCGAGUCUGACUGUAGUACCGCGGGGAAGAAUGCUGACUGUACUGGUCGUCGAGAGCCGCCAUGGUCUCCCGGCUACAAGCCGAAUCAUCACGGCAAACUCGAGGGUGUUUUACACAUCAAUCCCUGGCUCCUUGAACAUGGACUCUACGUCUACGUGGAGGUGGAGGCCAGGUACAUCUACACCAAAUCUGAGCUGGACGGCUUCGACUUCAACAUCAACGAGGUGCUAUUUAGCGAACGAAAACUGCUCAGCCCACCGGGCUGUAUGCGUGAAGGUAUCAAGUGCCUUAAAGAGGCCCCGGCAGACAUUGACUCAUACUCCGUGGAAACUCAAAUGCUCUACGCCAAAUUGGGCGGGCCGACGGCCGGAGACUACGAGAAGGAGGAGAAUAUUACACCUUUCGGCGUGAUCUCGGGGAGUGCGUUUAACAACCGAUCGAAGCAUACUUUCGUUCCGCCCACAGACGCGAUCAAGACUUCCGGCGUGCCCGGCCAUCCCUACUUGACCUACAAUUAUCCCUUCUACUUUGACAUAUCGUCUGGACCAGAUUCGCUCUAUCUGAAGAUGCGCCGGCCCUACAGACCCGAUGUGCCGACCCGACAAGGCCUCUACUACGAGGCCGUCUUCGGACUGGGCAACAGAGAGGAGGAUAGCGAUCCGGACACACCCACCACCUCGGAGGACGAGGAUGUGUUGGUAGAUCCGCCAAUGCGACAUCCCGGCCAGCCGAUUCGGAAGGUGAAAAAAGGCAUCAGUCACGAGGCCAAAGUGAGACAACGUGAAAGCGACCUCUUCCACGCCGACUCGUCGCCCUGGCGACCCCGACAGAAGCGCGGGCCACGAGAUGGCAUUUCGUGGCUUGUGCGUGCAUUUGCCAUCAAAUCGUGCACCGACACACCGAAAGCUUGUGAUAUCGUCACAUUACACAUUCGCAAGAUGACCUAUCUUCCAUACAUCAUCUCGUUGCACUGGCAUCCUCCACCAGCGGCCAGCACCGACUACUGCCUGGCGAUCGGGCCGCAGAGUGGCCGUGACGCCGGUGUCAUCACCGUGGCAGCUCAACUCGACAGGCUCAUCUAUCGUCCCGGUGAUCAAGUUGAGGUGUCCAUCAAACUGCAGAAUCAUUCUGUCCGCCUGAUCGAACAGAUCACUGUCUCCAUGCAUCAGUGCAUACGUUGUCGUUUUUGGCGUAAUCGUAUCUGGCGAUCACAGAUCUGCCAGCGUCGACUGACGCCCGACAGUCUGAAAACUCGACUUCCAUUGAUGCCGGGCAGCGCAAACAAUCGGUAUCGCAUCACUCUCAACCCUUGGCCGACGCAGGCUCGACUUAACCGACUGGCGACCGGUCACUUCGACGGCUCCGUUAGGCCCAGCGGCAUUCCGGGCGGUAACGAGGCCUGGGCGUUUGGGGUGCCUCGGCUCGAGGGCAAACUAUACGCGCUGGAAACGCCGAUUCGGCACCAAUUGGUACCGCCGUGUUACACUCAUCGCCAGGUCGUCUGCCCCUCCUCCAUGCAGAGCCUCAUCCAUCAGUUGAUGAAGCCCGAUGAGACGGGCAACCUGAGCGCCGGCAAAUGUGACAACCUGGACUUGGAUCCAAUCUCCAAAUGUCGGUGUCGCCGGCGAUCUCGAGGCCGAUCGGAGUCAAAGCAACCUCCGUUGCCCUCCUAUUCGGUACAAGUGAACGAUGAGGACCGCCUCUCCGACGAGGAGAUGUUCGACGAAGCCGCGGCCAAGGCCAACCAGCUCUGGCCAGUCUGUCGCGACUGCAGUCAGCCGACGUCGGAUCGCCUGGCCUGCCUCCAGCCGGUCCACAUUUCCUAUGAAGUGAUGGUACAGGUGGGCUUCUUGAAUGAGACAACUCCAAACGCACUGGCUUGGGACGCUCUCCUGCUCAACAACACCAGUCUAGGCUCGGGUAUGACGAUCGACCCGGUAGGCGAGAUUCUGGGCGCCGAGGGCCCCAGGGUCACGCUGCCCUGCUACCUUGCCUGGACAGAGCCGCAGCCCGAAAAUCCUGUACCAGUGGCCAAUUACAAUGUCGACCAAAGACAGCACUUUGGCAGUGACAUUAAAAAUGAGCACAAGAUGUGGGAGCCCAGUCUUGGAAAAGGAUUCUACAUCACCAAGACACAUCCUGUCGCGACGUGUAAGACUGGAAUGUAA